GAAGAAGAUGGCGUCGUCUUUGAGUGGGAUGUUUCCCGGUCAGCAGCCUCCGGGUGCUCAUCCAGUCCCGGGUCCUAGUGGUCCGGGUCAGCCAGGCUUCCCCCCCGGUACCACUGCCCGGCCGCAGGGAACAAACACGCUGGUAGAUGAACUGGAGGCUUCCUUCGAGGCUUGUUUUGCAUCCCUGGUCAGCCAAGACUACGUUAAUGGAACAGACCAGGAGGAGAUUCGAACAGGUGUUGACCAGUGCAUACAAAAGUUUCUGGACGUGGCUCGGCAGACGGAGUGCUUCUUCUUACAGAAAAGGCUUCAGUUGUCCGUGCAGAAACCAGAGCAGGUGGUGAAAGAGGAUGUGUCAGAGUUACGUAAUGAGCUACAGCGGAAAGAAAUGCUGGUUCAGAAGCACUUAUCCAAAUUGCACCACUGGCAACAAGUGCUCGAGGACGUGAGCGUUCAACAUCGCAAACCCUCUGACCUUCCUCCUCCUGGACCACUGGCCUUCCUGGAGCAGGCCUCUGCUAGUCUGCCCCCCGCCCCUUUAAAACCAAACUAACACGCAUAAACUCAAGGAAAGUACACACCCACACCACCAUGUGCAUCCUGUGAAGAGACAGGAGAACAGUUUGUUAUAUAUUUAAACAGUAUUGUGUUCCACGUAUAUAUUCUUGCUGCCAACUCUUUUUUUUUUUAAUGUAAAAUAAAAUACAAUUUGUGAGUAUUUUUAAUCUGGA